GGCAACCCCUAACCUCAAGCCUUCGAAUGGUCUCUGGGAGCAGCAACCUGAGAUAUCCAGGAAAAUGAAGCUCCAUGGAGCUUAGUAGAUAAUUGUGGAAUUGAUCUUGCCAAGAUCCUUGUGCCGUUUCACGCUUUUAAUUGAAUUAGAGAUUGUUAUUUGAAUGGAAAGUAGCCUUUGCCUAACCUUUGAAAGGACCCAGGGUACUUUGAUAACAAAGGAAACAGAUUUCCUUGAUGGAAAAUCGAGUGGGAUGUGGGGUCUUGAAGGUAAACAGUAGCUGUAGCUUUUUAAAAGAUGGUGUUAUUUUUCAGGAAGUCAGUUCACAUUUUCUCCCCUGAGAGAAAAUGCAAUUAAUUAACAGACUCCUUGAAAAGUAUCUCUUUCUGAGUAGUGGUUGAUACAUGUAGUAACAGUUUUAUUUCCAUUGAAUCUGAUACAGUAUCUCAAAUGGGAGCUUAGAAGGCACUCUUCCAGAUCAUAUGGCCCAGCCCUAUUAUUUUCAGAUUAAGGGAAGUAACUUGGCCGAGGUCACACAAAGCUAGUGAUGCAACAGACUCCACUGAGUCUGUCUCCUGAUCCCUAGAGUAGGGUGCCUUUUACAUUUCAUCUUGCUGCUCCUUCAGAAUUUGAAGCUGGGACUUCUCCCCCCAACCUGGGUGCCGAGGAGACUCCGAUGUUGAACUCAGCAGAUCAGCCCAUGAAAACUUCCAUACUCAGACAAAGAAACAGAUCUGGCAGAAAACAGCACUUGUUAUCCUGGGCCUGGCAGCAGCGAAGAAGACAAGUAGUGGAAAUCUUACAGUCUGCAAAGCAGACUGAAAGGUGACAUAGAAGCUGGAGAUGGGUGGUGGAGAGAGAUUCAACAUUCCAGUUUCCCAAUCUAGAAAUGUUAGUAAAAACCAACAACAGCAACUUAAUAGGCAAAAGAAGAAGGAUCAGAAUCCCCAGAUGAAGAUUGUUCACAAGAAGAAAGAAAGAGGACAUUCCUAUAAUUCAUCUGCAGCUGCAUGGCAAGCUGUACAAAAUGGGGGGAAGAACGGGCAUUUCCCAAGUAACCAAAAUUGGAAUUCCAGCUUAGCGAGUUCCAAUUUAUUUUUGAAAUCCCAAACUAAUCAGAACUAUGCCGGAGCCAAAUUUAGUGAGCCCCCAUCACCAAGUGUUCUGCCUAAACCUCCCAGCCACUGGGUUCCAGUUUCCUUGAAUCCUUCUGAUAAAGAAAUAAUGACCUUUCAACUGAAAACCUUACUUAAAGUCCAACUGUGAUGUGAGAUAAUCAGAUUGCUGGUGUUUAAAUGUUCAGGGCUUCAGAUAUUUGAGAGGAGCAAAUCAAUGUUUGUUUCUAAACAUAAAAACUUAAUGGCUAGGGAAUUUAUGUCUUUCAUCUGUAUAGAGCAGCUGACAACUGUGGGUAAUACUUGAUGUAAAAAUUUCAUCGCGUGCAUGUGUGUGUGUGUGUGUGUGUGGAGAUAAAUGGCAGCAAUUGGAAAUCAAUUAUUCAGAAUGUUUGAAGACUUGAUGUCAGCUGUUCUUAACUGAAUAGCAGCUCUUCAGGUUUUGAACUUGAAAUCAUGGUUUGAAUUGUAAAGGGGGAUUAAUGGUAUAGACUCGAGCUUUUCUUAAUUAGGGAAAGAAAUUUUUGUAUGAUCAUGUUUCUAGGCAAAAAACAAUAGUGCAGUGAACAUUUAAUGUGAGGCAACAGUAGAUUGUUAUUUUUGGAAAACAAGCUAAGAUCAUUUAUAUUUCACUGUGGCUGGGGUACAGGACUGGUUGAAUGCCAGCCACUUGUAAUGGAAUAGCAAGCUGUACUGCCAAAUCAAAUGUGAGCUUGCUGGGAUAGAUAGAUGUGUGAUAGGAAUCCUUCCUUGGCACUGAAUGACUUAAGCUUGGAUGAAUGCUUAAGGCUGGAUAAGGAGGGGGAUUGCUAGUCAGCAAGGUGGUAAUGGAAUUAAAGGGACUUUGGUUGAUAUGGCACACAGGGAAGGAUUGAGAUUUGGUAGGGCAGAGAACAUUGCUGUUACCUGCCUCAUCCCUUGGGGGUUACUGCCUUUUGUAGAGGAGAUAUGUCUGAAUUUUCUAAGAAUACCUAUUCUUUCUCAGUUGCUCUGUGGUCAGGAACUACAUAGGUACACACACAUACGGACAGACAAAAGUAUUUUUUUUUUUUGGUCAGGAGAAUGUACCAAAAAGCUUCUUAAAGAUGAUAUAAUCUUUAUUCAGUAUUUGACAUAUUGUGAACAGUUCUCAAAAUGCCUCAAGGCACUGAAAAAGUGCUGACAAAAUUGGUCUGGCCUCAAAUAGGUGAAUUCUAUGAGAAUUCUAAAGUUAGGGUAAGGUUGUAAACGACCUAGGAAAGAGAAAGCCAUGUAAAUAAAUGUAAAGUUUGUAGCAUAUGUAAAUUUUUGCUGGCCUUUUCUUCAAAAAGAGUAUUUUUUAAUACAAAAUUGCUGAAUGUAAGGCAGACCAUGGACUGAACUAAGACAUGGCCUGGUUUUAAAGGGAUCAAAAUAUUUUUUUUUUUAAAGAAGCAGUGUCCUUGCCCUACGUUGCUUGCCAGUGCACAUACAUGUUUGAUUCAAUUCUAACCUGUAUUGCAAGAGACUCCUAACUUAGGGCUAUUGGGAAAAAACCAGAACUGUGAAGGCAGCUAAGACUCAGUAGUGCUCUUAUUUUGAACACAUAAAAGGGAUGUUUGGAUAAGAAUACUAUUAAAACAGGCCUAAUUAUUUUUUCAAAAAAUAAAAAAAAAUAAAUAAAAGGUCAACAAGAAGGUGAUUUUAAUUGAAUGACAAUCUUUUACCAAAGGGUCCCUUCUCAAAUAGAAAACAAGGUACUUCCUUUGGUCUUUUCCCAUCAGUGCUUCAAACUAAAGACUAGUUACAAAAUGGACUUUUAAAAAAAAUACAGGGGCUGUUAUUUUUUAAGAUUAUGCAGUUAGGAUCCAUAUGAGCACUGAUUUUUAAAAAAACUCCAAAUAGUAGCCUAACAAUGAGUAAAGGGGAAAAAAUUAGGGUCUUAAAGCAGUAACUCAUCUAAGAAAAUGUCUAUACAAAAAAAUGGCAGCUCCCUCCAUGUUUAGUUUUCUUUAUAAAACUGAUUGGCAUAUUGAACUUUCCUCAAGGGAAAAAUACCUAAAGAACAGGUGUCCGAAUAAAUUUGGUGUUUAAUCAACUUUUGUGUAGUACUUACCUAUAUGAAUUUGAAACAAAACUGAAAAUAAAGUAAUUCCUCCCCCAA